AUGAAAAGGAAAUGUUCAGUCGAGAAAUUUCUAUCUAUCUAUCUAUCUAUCUAUCUAUCUAUCUAUCUAUCUUGUCUCUGUCUAUCUAUCUAUAUCAGUUGUUUUAAAUCAAUCUUUCUUACUCUAUUCAUAUCUAUCUAUUUCAGUUGGUUCUUAUCUAUCUAUCUAUCUAUCUAUCUAUCUAUCUAUCUAUCUAUCUCAGUGUUUUCAUUAUCUAUCUAUCUAUCUAUCUAUCUAUCUAUCUAUCUAUCUAUCUAUCUCAGUGUUUUCAUUAUCUAUCUAUCUAUCUAUCUAUCUAUCUAUCUAUCUAUCUAUCUAUCUCAGUGUUUUCAUUAUCUAUCUAUCUAUCUAUCUAUCUAUAACAGACAUUCAUUUGUCUCUCUCCCUCUCUCUCUCUCUCUCUGCCUAGUGAACGUAAUGUAUCCUCAGUCAGUACAUGUUUAUUAUCUAUCUAUCUAUCUAUCUAUCUAUCUAUCUAUCUAUCUAUCUAUCUAUAACAGACAUUCAUUUGUCUCUCUCCCCCUCUCUCUCGCUCUCUGCCUAGUGAACGUAAUAUAUCUCAGUCAGUACAUGUUUAUCUAUCUAUCUAUCUAUCUAUCUAUCUAUCUAUCUAUCUAUCUAUCUAUCUAUCUAUCCCCGUCUCUUCAUAUCUAUCUAUCUUGUUUGUCUGUCUGUCUAUCUAUAUCAGUCUUUUCAAAUCUAUCUAUCUAUCUAUCUAUCUAUCUAUCUAUCUAUCUAUCUAUCUAUCUAUCUAUCUUAUUUCAAUUGUCUAUCAUCAGUUGGAAACGGGGACGAGGAGAGGGCGGGUGUAUGGCUAAAGAGAUCCUGAAAACUCUCAUCAAUUUUGAUGUUUCAGGUCCGAAACGUUUGACUCUGGAUUCUUCAUUCCUUUUAGUGUCGCAGUAG